GAUGGCAGAAAGGAGAUGAUGCUCAGCCCCUCUGGGCUCUGGUUCCUGCUGCCGCUGCGGCUAGAGAGAAUCCUGUGGUUUUGUGAUUCCCCGGUGUCCCCAGCUGAUCCUGGGGCAGGAGGCGGCCACGGGAAGGAGAUGUCGACCUACAAGCGUGCCACGCUGGACGAGGAGGACCUGGUGGACUCGCUCUCCGAGGGCGACGGCUACCCAAAUGGUCUGCAGGUGAACUUCCGCAGCCCCCGGAGCGGCCAGAGGUGCUGGGCUGCACGGACCCAGGUGGAGAAGCGGCUGGUGGUGCUGGUGGCACUUCUGGCAGCAGGGCUGGUGGCCUGCUUCACAGCUCUGGGCAUCCAGUAUCAGACAAGAACCCCCUCAGUGUGCCUAAGCCAGGCCUGUGUCUCAGUGACCAGCUCCAUCUUGAAUUCCAUGGACCCCACGGUGGACCCCUGCCAGGACUUCUUCACCUAUGCCUGUGGUGGAUGGAUCAAAGCCAACCCUGUGCCUGAUGGUCACUCACGCUGGGGGACCUUCAGCAACCUCUGGGAGCAUAAUCAAGCCAUCAUCAAGCACCUCCUCGAGAAGCUGCUCAGCGUCUCAGCGCCCCAGCUCUUCACCUACAAACUCGGGGGCUGGAACAUCACAGGGCCCUGGGACAAAGACAAUUUCCAGGACAUCCUGCAGGUGGUCACCUCCCACUACCGCACCUCACCCUUCUUCUCUGUCUACGUCAGUGCAGACUCCAAGAACUCCAACAGCAACGUGAUCCAGGUGGACCAGUCUGGCCUGGGUUUACCCUCACGGGACUAUUACCUGAACAAAACCGAAAAUGAGAAGGUACUGACAGGAUACCUGAACUACAUGAUCCAACUGGGGAAGCUGCUGGGCGGAGGGGACGAGGAUGCCAUCCGGCCCCAGAUGCAGCAGAUCCUGGACUUUGAGACAGCUCUGGCCAACAUCACCAUCCCCCAGGAGAAGCGCCGGGACGAGGAGCUCAUCUACCACAAAGUGACAGCGGCCGAGCUGCAGACCUUGGCCCCCGCCAUCAACUGGCUGCCCUUCCUCAACACCAUCUUCUACCCCGUGGAGAUCAACGAAUCGGAGCCUAUUGUUGUCUAUGACAAGGAGUACCUCGGGCAGGUCUCCACCCUCAUCAACAGCACUGACAAAUGCACUGUCUGGUGUCCUAUGACCAACCUCAGGUAUUGUAACCUGGUGCGAAAGACAAGCACCUUCCUCGAUCAGCGCUUUCAAGACGCCGAUGAGAAGUUUAUGGAAGUCAUGUAUGGGACCAAGAAGACCUGUCUUCCUCGCUGGAAGUUUUGCGUGAGUGACACAGAAAACAACUUGGGCUUCGCCCUGGGCCCCAUGUUUGUCAAAGAGACCUUCGCCGAAGACAGCAAGAACAUAGCCAGUGAGAUAAUCCUGGAGAUCAAGAAGGCGUUUGAGGAAAGCCUGAGCACCCUGAAGUGGAUGGAUGAAGACACUCGGAAAUCAGCCAAAGAAAAGGCGGAUGCAAUCUACAACAUGAUAGGCUACCCCAACUUCAUCAUGGACCCCAAGGAGCUGGACAAAGUGUUCAAUGACUACACUGCAGUUCCGGACCUCUACUUCGAGAAUGCCAUGCGGUUUUUCAACUUCUCCUGGAGGGUCACCGCGGACCAGCUCAGGAAAGCUCCCAACAGAGACCAGUGGAGCAUGACCCCCCCCAUGGUGAACGCUUACUACUCACCCACCAAGAACGAGAUUGUGUUUCCGGCCGGAAUCCUGCAGGCCCCAUUCUACACCCGCUCUUCACCCAAGGCCUUAAAUUUUGGUGGCAUCGGUGUCGUCGUGGGCCACGAGCUGACUCAUGCUUUUGAUGAUCAAGGACGGGAGUAUGACAAGGACGGGAACCUGCGGCCCUGGUGGAAGAACUCAUCCGUGGAGGCUUUCAAGCGGCAGACGGAGUGCAUGGUGGAGCAGUACGGCAACUACAGCGUGAACGGGGAGCCGGUGAACGGCCGGCACACGCUGGGCGAGAACAUCGCCGACAACGGGGGCCUCAAGGCGGCCUAUCGGGCCUACCAGAACUGGGUGAAGAAGAAUGGGGCCGAGCAGACAUUGCCCACCCUGGGUCUCACCAAUAACCAGCUCUUCUUCCUGGGGUUUGCACAGGUCUGGUGCUCCGUCCGCACGCCCGAGAGCACCCACGAAGGCCUCAUCACUGAUCCCCACAGCCCCUCCCGCUUCCGGGUCAUCGGCUCUGUCUCCAACUCGAAGGAGUUCCCCGAACACUUCCACUGCCCGCCCGGCUCACCCAUGAACCCGCGUCACAAGUGUGAAGUCUGGUGAGGGGCAAAGCACCAAGGACCACAGUGGACGAGGGUGCAGGGCUGAGGACGAGCCCUCGGGUGGAACCCACAAGGCUGCCUCCUCCAUCCAGUGCCCAGGGUGCCACCCGGCUCCCUUGGCCACCCAGGGCCCCCUACCCCACACUGGAGGGUUUUCAGCGGGAACCGAGCCUGUGAUGUGGCUCCUCGGCAUAACCCAAGAUUCGAUCCCCUGCGAAGACCCUGUCAUCCCAGCACACGUGCGCCAACUCUAAUGGGCUUUUGGGUGUCGGACUGGUUGCUCGCCAGGCCUGGGCCCCCCCAACAGGGGCAGUGGGACGCAGCCCCAUGCCCACCUCCAGCGCCAGGUGCACCACAAAUACCACUGUGUCACAUGCUUUAAAGAUAUAUUUUUGGGGAAACUAUUUUUUAAACGUCGUGGAAUACACUGGAAAUCUUCAGGGAGAUUAUGCAUUUAAAACACUUUUUUUUUUUUUUUUUUUUUAAGGAAAGGAUUGGUAUAUUUAUUACGUUCUGUUUUUCUAAAUAUCCUGUGGACGAGGGAAGCCCCACUGAUCGAUGCCCUUUCUCUUCCUCACUCGCUGCAAGGUUGGGCUGAGGCAGUGAUCCCCAGGCCACUGAGCUGGUCCCCAAAUGGAUGGCUGCCUCUGUCCUCGAGAUAUACCAUGUCAGCCUCCCUCCAUCACCUGGUUCUGGGGUCACCCUGUGCAGAGAGGAAAGGCAUGGAGGCCAGCUUGGGGAGGCCCAGCUCCUUGGCACCACCCCUCUUGGUGUGCCCACCUCUGUCCCCAGAGUCCUAACAAUGGGAACCCCAGCAAAGAAGGUCUGAUCCCCAAAGUCACAGUAGGGGACUAAUGGCUGCAGCAGCACUGUACUAGGACAAGGCCCUCAAACCGAGGCUGGGGUACCCGAGCACCCUGGCUCUGCACCACAGGACCUCGGCAAGGCUGAGACCCCCACCCCCAUCAGACUCUCGCCUGUGCCAUAGACACCCUCUUUUCAUCCCUCCUCUUUUGUCUGCCCCGGGGACCUGUUACUUCUCCGCAACAACACCCCCACCCCAGCCCCUUCCAGGUCUGCCUUGCCGACCCUCUUCCCCAAGGGAGGAAAAAGAGAAAACAGCUCUCAUCUCCCACAGGGCCCAGAUACUCCCUCUGAGCGCCGUCCUCCAGCCCCUGCCCUGUUCUCUAGUGCCUUAGCUGAGGCGACAGCCCUGGGCACCACCCCAAGGAGACAGCCCCUUGCCCCCAGGGCCCCUUGGCCUCCUCAGCAAAGCCUCCAAGUGUCCUGAUUGGAACAUAAGGCCAUACCUCCUACUCCCAGUGCCCACAGAGCUGCCUGUCACAGCAGCACAGAAGCUCUGACCUAAGGUCAGUAACACCGAAGUCAGGCGUCUGAAUGACCCCUGAACGUGCCCUGGGCCCCCAUCCCACCCUCAGCCCUUUGGGUGGAAUUAAGACAGUACUUGUAGCUAGAUGGACUCCUCUUCUUGGGGAUACUCUCAGCCCUGGGAGUCUCUGAGGGGCAGGUGCGUCCAACCCCGUCGGUCUGGCCUGUGGUGUCAGGGGACCAGGAAUGUCAUAGCCUCCCUGGGGCCACAGUUCAGUAGCUCCUCAGGUGUUGCUGAUUGCAGCCUUGCUCUGGUCCUCUGGGGAAACAGGCACUAUGACCAGUGUCCACCGUGGCUCUCCCAUCUCAGGGGCCCAGGCCACCCGGCCAGGCCCCUCUCCCACAGGCACUCACCCAGAAAGCCAGGUCCUCCUUGCCUCAGGAGGAGCAGCAGCUCAGCCACUGCCUCACUCACCUUCGGCUCAGCCUGGGAGCUGGAGCAGGGGUGUUGGGUGUGGGUUCCUGAUGAGGCCCAUGUUCCCUGAAACAGCAGGCCUGUAGCUCUUCAGCGGAAAGGUAGGACGGGGGCCAGACAAGAAGCUAGAGUCGGGAGCCUGCCACACGCACCUUGCCACACUUUCCCAGUCCUGGCGCUCUCGUGCCUACUGUCCCCCACCCUCCUGCCUUCUGGCCUGGCCUACGGAGAGUCACAGCCCUGGAGAUGUCAGCACCAUGGACUGGGACCUUCCACGAGCCAGAGGGAAUUGUAGACAGCACUCACUGCUUUGAGGUGCGGCCCUGGAGGGGUGAGGGGAACGCAGGGAGGAGGGCCCAGCCCAGGAGGAAUGGAGAAACCCCCUCCCCUUAAGCCCAGGGAGCCAAAAGGCUGGCUUCUCUGCAGGUACAUGGACAUGGGCUUUAGAGCUGGGAAUCUAUUUUUUGUAUUAUUGUUUGUGCUAUUGUAGUUUUUGGUGUGGCAAUAUUGUAAUUGAAAUAAAGUACUUGUACUGAG